AUGGCCAAACGACAGCUGACUGUGUCUAGGUUCUUACAACUUUACCAUCUAAUACACCUUCCAGAGGGCACUGCUGCCAGUAAUGAACAAGCGGCUGAAGGUGAAGAGAAUGUGGAACGGGGGAACUGGUCCUCAAAGACUGACUACUUGCUCUCGGUGAUCGGCUGCGCAGUGGGUCUGGGCAACAUCUGGAGAUUCCCAUACCUGGCUUACAAAAACGGAGGAGGUGCAUUCCUUAUUCCCUACAUUAUCAUGUUGGCAAUUGCGGGAAUGCCAUUGUUUUUCUUGGAGUCUUCUUUAGGGCAGUUUGCCAGCCUCGGGCCCGUGGCAGUAUGGAAAGCCGUGCCAAUAUUACAAGGUGUGGGCAUAAGUAUGGUAGUACAAGGAUCAAUCACAAACUUUUCCUACUCCUGCAUCCUCGCCUACAGUCUGUACUACCUGUUUGCUUCCUUCCAAUCACCCCUGCCGUGGGCAGACUGCUUCAGUUGGUGGGGAGCAGAUGAAACAUGCAGCAGGACUCCCAAAGAUCCACUCUGCAAUCUCACUCUGGAUGAUGGAUAUUUUAAAAUCGUUAGUACAACAUGGCUACAGGCAAAAAACGAAAUUUGUCCAAAUGGAUCAGAAAUCUCCGUUCCUUUUGAGAGUCCAAGUGAGCAAUACUGGAAUAAAGUGGUUUUACAGCGUUCCAGUUCAAUUGAAGAGACUGGGGACAUAGUCUGGUAUUUAGCUCUCUGUCUGCUUCUGGCCUGGCUGAUGGUUGUAGCAGCGUUAUUUAGAGGAAUCAAAUCAUCAGGAAAGGUGGUUUAUUUCACUGUGACGUUGCCUUACCUGUUUCUGACCAUACUCCUGAUCCGAGGGGUUACCCUGGAGGGAGCCUAUAAAGGAAUUGAAUUCUACAUCGGAAGCCAAUCAGACUUGUCCAAACUGGCUGAUGCAGGGGUCUGGAAAGAUGCUGCAGUGCAAAUUUUCUACUCUUGUUCAGUGGGUUCUGGCCUCUUAAUAACGCUGUCUUCGUACAACAAAUUCCACAACGACUGUUACCGAGAUACCAUCAUUGUCUGUAUUGUUAAUUGUGCUACAAGUUUGUUUGCUGGGUUUGUCAUCUUCUCCACUCUUGGGCACAUAGCUCACGUCCAAAACAAGACUUUAACAGAGGUUGCGCAGUCAGAUUACGGUUUUGUUUUCACUGUCUAUCCAGAGGCUGUUUCACAGUUGCCAUGGGCACCUUUAUGGUCUAUUUUAUUUUUCACCUUGCUGCUCAUGCUGGGAAUCGACAGUCUGUUUGCAUUUUUAGAAAAACUCCUAACAUGUCUGCUGGACAGGUUUCCGAAAUACCUACGACCAAAGCGUUUUAGUCUGACAAUUGGCACUUGCGUGUUAAUUUAUUUGUUUGGCCUUGUGAGUGUAACAGAGGCUGGAAUUUACUGGAUAAACUUAAUUGAUCAUUUCAGUAUUGGAUGGCUCCCCAUUAUAACAACACUGCAGGAACUCAUCGCUGUAAGCAGUAUUUAUGGAAUAAAUAGAUUCAUCAAGGACAUUGAGAUGAUGAUUGGGGCAAGGUCUUGGUCCUUCUGGCUGUGGUGGAAACUCUGUUGGUUUUUUAUCUCUCCAUUCGUACUAACAAUAACCUUCUUCUGGUCCUUAAUGACGUUUAUCCCACCAAAAUACGGAUCUGUUCAAUAUCCUGUCUGGGCAAUAGCACUUGGCUGGUGUCUGAUCAUUUUCUCUGUUAUAUGGGUCCCCAUUAUGGCUGUAGUGAGAAUUAUUAAAGCUAAUGGCUCCAGCUUGUACCAGAAAUUUUCUGCCGCUUGCGCAUCAACCCCUGACUGGGGUCCGUACUUGGAACAACACAGAGGGGAACGAUACAGAAAAAGACCCGUUUCGUCAGAAGCCCAGAACAGCGUGGAAAGUGUCUCUUUGUGAAAUUUUAAAGGAAAACGUAUUCUUAAUUUGUGAUCAUUUGUAAAACCCACUUCUAUU